AAGAGAUGUACACUUACCUGAAUCAACAGAGCAAAGAGUCACUUGAAGAGUAUGCUGCCAAAAAUGAGACAACCUGGAUGUGGAAAAUCCUCCCGGCCGAUUCACCUCACCGAAACGGAGCCGCCGAAGCUGCUGUCAGAGUCACCAAGAGAGCCCUCCAAAGCCUUGGCAAUGUAGAAGGUCUUACCUUCAGUGAGUUCCUGACAGUGCUCCAGCUAGCUGCUAAUCUUGCCAAUGAGAGACCCAUUGACGCCAGAGUCCAAAGCCGAGAAGAGCGCAUCCAGUACAUCACGCCAAACAACUUAUUGCUUGGUCGAGCUACACAAAGUGGAGACUUCAAAACUGUCGACUACACCACCUACCCAUUCAAGAGGCUCAAAGAAGUACAAACGAUAGUAAACAACUUCUGGAAGUCCUGGAGCCAACUUGCUGGCCCGAACCUGUUCAUUCGCAGUAAGUGGCAUACUGCUGAAAGGAACGUUACCAUUGGAGACAUAGUUUGGCUCUGCGACCAAAAUGCACUGAGAGGGCAGUUCAGGCUUGCAAGAGUCAUCGGCGCAAAUCCUGAUUUCAGAGGUGUCGUUCGAGAUGUUCAUGUGAGAGUCUCCCCAAGUUCCAGCAUCUCUGUGAGAAGCUCAAGACCUGGUGCCGCAGAUCCUGGAUCAAGUACCAUACUGCAUCGGGACGUCCGGCGCCUUGUGGUCCUCAUACCAUGGGAGGAUCAAGUCAGAGACCAGCCCACCUGAGAGUACGAUCUUUCCGGGCGCCGCCACGUAAAGAUCGAGUGGGAGGUGUCGCGCUGAUCUGGCAGAGGUGCGCCUGUCUCCCGUGUGCCCGCCUCCUCCUGCAUGCCGUCUCACCUGCGUGCCGCCCCGCUCUGCAUCGGCAGCCGCGUGUGACCGUGCGUGCGCGCCCUGGCGCACCCUCGACCAGGUGAAUUAGAUUGAGCAAUCAGAAGCUCGCACACACUUCAAUCAGCGGGAGCAUAUAACGCAGUCAUUUGGCUGGUGGAAAGGGACUGACAUGACGGAAUGAGCAGCACACAUCCACUGCGGGGAAUGAGACUUUUGAUUUGACGGGCUAUCGGUUUUUCACCUAUACUGUUCAACUCCUGUUCAAUUAUUCAAA